CGUGUGUGCGAAGGGCUUAGAGAAAGUAACCCGAGUCGGCCUUUUCGGGCGGAACCACCCCCUCCUACGAGUUUCACUGGGUCCUCGGCCCCGCCCCUCUUUUAUUCGGAGAGCGGCGCCGAGAGCUGAAACUUUGUAAUCCGAGCGCGCUCGCCCGCGCUCCUCCCAGCCCGAGUCCAGCCCCGAAGGGAGGCGCAGGAGGUGGGACCUGCGGCCGGGAAGGCUCGGGGACGCGGGCGCCAGCAGAGCGGAGACCGCGGGAGAGCACGCCGCGGAGAGAAGGAGCUGGAGGGGGAGCGGAGCCCGCGGCGGACGAGCCGGAGGAAGUGGCCCGGACCAUCCGCGCAGUCGAGAGGCGGGGAGCAGCUGGGCCCAAAGGGUCCCGUGCCGAGCCGAGGCCAGGGGCCCUGGGGUCACGGUCCCGCGUCCCCGCAGCUGCCGUCGCCCAGGAGCUGCAGCUGUGCCCGGGCUCCCGGCGGCGACGGGGAGGAGGAGGAGCUGCAGCUGGACGGUGGCAGCUGGAGGAGGAGCCGCGCGACUGUCCCGUGUGCCCGGGAGGGGGCCGCGCUGUCCUGGCUUAGCCGCUCUGGGAUGACCCGCUGACCGCGGCCAUGCAGCCUUGACGGGGCGCUCGGGCGCACGGGGACCAGCCGCGGGGCGCGCCCUCUCGGGAAGGACAGCGGGCCCGGGUAGUAAGACUUGAACCGCCGACUCUCGCCCAGCUGGGAGCAAAGCCGUGCACCAUGGAGCCCGUGACCAAGUGGAGCCCCAAGCAAGUGGUGGACUGGACUAGAGGGUUAGAUGAUUGCCUGCAGCAGUAUGUCCCCAAGUUUGAACGGGAGAAGAUAAAUGGAGAGCAGCUGCUGCAGAUUUCCCAUCAGGAUCUUGAGGAGCUGGGGGUCACGCGCAUUGGACACCAAGAACUUGUGUUGGAGGCUGUCGACCUUCUCUGUGCACUGAAUUAUGGCCUGGAAACUGACAAUAUGAAGAACUUAGUUCUGAAACUGCGAGCAUCUUCUCACAACUUACAAAAUUACAUAAGUAGCCGGCGGAAAAGUCUGGCUUACGAUGGAAACACUUCCCACAAGCCCCCCAAUGAGUUCCUGACUUCUGUGGUGGAGCUAAUAGGUGCUGCUAAGGCCUUGUUGGCUUGGCUGGACCGAGCUCCAUUUACAGGGAUCACGGAUUUCUCAGUAACCAAGAACAAAAUCAUUCAGCUUUGCCUGGACCUUACCACGACCGUCCAGAAGGAUUGCCUUGUAGCAGAAAUGGAGGAUAAAGUUUUAACUGUAGUCAAGGUUUUAAAUGGCAUCUGUGACAAAACAAUACGAUCUACUGCGGAUCCUGUUAUGAGCCAGUGUGCAUGUCUGGAAGAGGUUCACUUGCCAAACGUUAAACCUGGGGAAGGCCUGGGCAUGUACAUCAAAUCAACCUAUGAUGGAUUGCAUGUGAUUACUGGAACCACAGAGAACUCUCCUGCAGACAGAUCUCAGAAGAUACACGCUGGUGAUGAAGUCAUUCAGGUUAAUCAGCAGACUGUGGUGGGAUGGCAGCUAAAAAAUCUGGUGAGAAAAUUGAGAGAGAAUCCUACAGGAGUCGUAUUACUGCUAAAGAAGCGCCCCACGGGUUCUUUCAACUUUACCCCCGCUCCCCUGAAAAACCUCCGGUGGAGACCGCCCCUCGUGCAGGCCUCACCUCCACCCACGACAACCCAGUCCCCUGAAAGCACUAUGGAUACCUCGCUGAAGAAGGAGAAGCCAGCCAUCCUGGAUCUUUAUAUCCCUCCUCCGCCGGCCGUUCCCUACUCUCCCCGGGAUGAAAACGGGAGUUUUCUUUAUGGAGGCUUCAGUAAGUGUAAACAGCCAUUGCCUGGUCCCAAGGGUUCCGAGUCGCCAAAUUCCUUCCUGGACCAGGAGAGCCGAAGACGGAGAUUUACCAUUGCCGACUCUGAUCAGUUGCCUGGGUAUUCAGUGGAAACCAAUAUUCUGCCCACAAAAAUGAGAGAGAAAACUCCAUCUCAUGGCAAGCCCCGACCUUUGUCCAUGCCUGCGGAUGGGAGCUGGAUGGGGAUCGUGGACCCUUUUGCCAGACCUCGAGGUCAUGGGAGGAAGGGUGAGGACGCCCUGUGCCGGUAUUUCAGUAACGAGCGGAUCCCCCCCAUCCUCGAAGAGCGCUCCUCGUCCGCAUACCGCUUCUCCAGGCCCCCAGCGGAGAGGCAGCUGGUCCGCGGUGCGGACUACGUCCGGGGGAGCAGGGGCUACCUCGGUUCGGAUCUCCACAGCAGCGCCACGAUCCCAUUCCAGGAGGAAGGGCCCAGAAAGAAGCCGGUGUCCUCGGCGGCCAAGGCCUCCUCCACGGAGCCGUCCCUGUUGGUCAGCUGGUUUACGCGCCUGAAACUCUUGACUCACUGAGCUCCGUCCUCCUCGGACUCGUCCCUGCCUCCUGCUCCCAAGUGCCUUGCUUUUUCCCUUGGCAACCUGUUGCGGUUUCCAUCCACAGUAUUACGUCGUGACCUUAUGCGAUUUCAUUGUUUGUUUCUUUUGGAAGUUGUAUACUGCCCUUCUCGGAAUUUGGAAGUGAUUGGAUGGAGACAGAUCACGGAGGAUCUUAGGUGUUGCCUUGUGGAGGCCGAAGGAGAGAAAUGAGUCGAGACUGUUCUUCUUGCUUCCUUAGGGCGGGAACACAAAGGCACACAGUGUACGCUGGGGCCUGCGCCGGGAAUGUUUUGGUUGUUACGAGGAACUGGGCCAUGGUUGUGUUGGGGACGGGGCUGAAGUUGGUGGCCCUUGUCACGGAGGCCUUGGUUUGUGGUCCAUCUUCUUCACCUGAGAAAGCCAGUGGAGAAAACAUUUUUGUUUUAAUUUUUCAAGCUACAUACCGUGUUUGUAAGUGUAGCAGCUUUGACUUUGAAAUAACAUGUGGCGUGCAUUUCAUGCUGUUUCAAAGAAGUGGUUUCAGUAAGUGUAGGCCUGUUGCCCUCGGUUAUUCCCUUUUCGUAACAAUCUCAGUAUGUGGGUCAGUUACCACAGAAACACAUGAACACAUUUAGGUAGGGAUGACUACACACAAAGAAGUUUAUGGUUAUUCGUGAGGGGUGUCGUUGUUGUUAUAUAUUAUUGUCUUUAAGGGAAAAGAAGCUAUAAGAUGUGCUGACAGCCAAAGGAUCAUUUCAGAAAAAUGAAGCGACAAUAUUUAGGUUUAUGAGAGAUACAGCAGUUUGCAUUUUGACUGUGUAAAGUCUUUCUUCCAGGAAAAAAAAAACAAAAAACACAGGCAGUUCUUCAAAACUGUACAUAUUUUGCUAAAUAGAAAUCUCUUGGAAAGUCUCAUGGUCACUAAUUUUCAACUAGCAUCAGGUAUUUUGGAAAAGUGUGUCAGGAUAUUAACUCUUGUUUAAACUGAAUGUAUGAUAUUUUGUUAGAACACAAAAGUCCUAUCUUGUUAAUUUAAGUGUUUUAAAUAUAGUUGUAUAUUUUUCUUACUCUUA